GGAAGGGAGCAUUGCACAACUUUAAACGAGCAUGUUCCCUAAUUGAUCAGCAACAUAACAACGAAACAACGUUAACCGGGACGACUUUAAGUGAGGAGUUACUGUAAUCAGACACAAUUUAUCUGAGCCAGAGGAUGACAGGAAAAGUGGAGCCUCAGCAUGGUCUGGGGCUGACAUCCUGCUAGAAAUCCCAGCACCAGCCACUGGGUGAACAGGGAAGCUGGGCUGCUGCCCAGGGCGUUUCCCCUUGACCCUGCAGGUUGUUCCCUUCCCUCUUCUGACCAUCAGACCCCUGGCUAGUAGAUGGCCAGUUCACUUUCCAGGCUCUGCACAGGAAUGCUAGUGCCACUAGAAUUAAUUGUGAAGGUUUGUUAGGCUCUGACAUGCUGGGAUAUGUUCCUGGGGAAUCAGGUCAGAUUAUUUUUAGUCUUUCUCUGCCUGUUUUCCAGCAUCUCUUCCCCGGGCCUGUCAGAAAGCAAACCUGUCUCAGUGGUUGGCUCGUGCCUGUGGGUGGGGGGAAUACCCGGUGUUAGCCUGUUUAGCUCUCAGAGAAGCUGUCUGGCUCAUUCAAGAUGUGUGGAGUUUUUGUGUAAUUUCCCCCAGGCCAGUUGGUGUGUGGGGCUCCUACCUGUGUGGCUGGAUUUUAAUGCAGCUGCAGCCUCUCUCCAGGAACUCUUCCCCCCCUACUGCUUCUGGGGAAGCCGGUGGAGGGAGCAGAAUGGUCCUGAGAGGCGGAGCUGGUAAAAGGUCUUAUUUUGAUGAGGAACUGGCUGCUCUGGUUAACACCCUCUGUACUUGGCUGGCUGAGUGAACUGGGGGGCUCUCUGGGGAGGACUGAGCUGUGAUGGGCCGGUCAGUGGGGCUAGUGUUAGAAGAGAGAUGUGGGGCUGGCAGUGUGCUGAGGGGUGUUUUCUGGAGGGCGGGGUUAGGCCCUGCAGGUGGCGUUGGCAAUGGAGUUGAGGGGUGGCUAGCUCUGCCCAGGGUGCUAGUUCUGAGCUAUAAAAACAACAAGGAGUCUGGUGGCAUCUUAAAAACUAACAGAUUUAUUUGGGCAUAAGCUUCCGUGGGUAAAAACCUCACUUCUUCAGAUGCAUAGAGUGAAAGUUACAGAUGCAGGCAUUAUAUACUGACACAUGGAGAACAGGGAGUUACUUCACAAGUGAAGAACCAGUGUUGACAGAGCCAAUUCAAUCAGGGUGGAUGUAGUCCACUCCCAAUAGUAGAUGAGAAGGUGUCAAUUCUGAGCUAUGAUGUCCCUGCAGUUUCAGAGCUUGCAGCUGGAGCGGGAAACCUGCCUGGCUUCGAACUAUGCCCUGGCCAAGGAGAACCUGGCCCUGCAGCCGCGGCUGGAGAACAGCAAAGCCUCACUGGCCAUAAAGUACCAGGAGCUGCGGGAGACAAGGGAGGCGUGUCAGGAAAAGCAGCAGCGAGUGGAGACCUGCCUGAGGAAGUGGAGCCCACAGCGCGCCCUGAGCCAGCUCCAAGCUGCUCUGGAUGCAGCCGAAGCGGAGUCGGAGGCGCAGGUGGCGAUGUUCCUGGGCCGGGAGCUGCCCCUGGAUGCCUUCCUGGAAUUCUUUCAGCAGAGCCGGAUGCUGUCCCAUCUCCGCAGGACACAGGUGGAGAAACUGGAGCAGCUCCUGCGGAAGGAGAAGCAGCCCAGGUGGCUCCCCACGUGCUGCGAGGGGCAGCGAGCUGCCCCACUGAGCCCAGCCCGAGCCCAAGUUGCCCUGGUGCAAAACGCAGCCUCUCCCAAGAUGUUCCAGCUCCGCUAUGGCUACAGCCCUGCCCUGCUGGUCCCCUCUGAUGCCAUCAUACCGUUCCCUGUGCCCGUUGCCCCUCCCAGCCGAAACCUGCCUCCCCUGGCCUCUUGCUCAGGCCAGUCGCCACCGUCUCACUCCAGCAUCCCAUGUCUGGGCUCCCCUCUGCGUCUGAUUGGACACAUCCCCCUACUCAGCCCGCGGCCUUUCCGCGUGCAGCAUGCGCACCUGUCCUACCCACAGAAGCAGGAGCCGCCCCACCGGUAACUGUUGGGACAAUGAGAUGUCCUCAGACCCGCGUCCUUGACAUACCAGCCGACCAGCGCACGUGAGCGUCUUGUGCUAGAGAAUGAAUGUGAACCAGACACAGCCCUCGCCAGCUGAGCGGCUCGAAGGCGUCGUUCACUGCACCCUGGGUUCUCAGGAAGUCUCCAUGGGGCGCUGCAGCCUGCGGGGAUGAUAUAAUGAACUGCUUCAGGAUGCAGCUAGCAGUGGGGUCUGUGUGGCUGCCACGUGGCCAGAGGUGGGAGCGUCAGAGGCAGCCUGGCAGUGGUUAAUUAUAAUGGGGAUUUCCCAAAAAGCUGGGUGCUGAAUUCUGGCCGGUAUUGCAUGGGGGCGUCUGAUUCUGCAGCAGGCGAGGGGGAGUUCAGGCUGGGGCGAGGGGAGGUUGUCAGGUGGCAGUGUCAGUGGGAGUGCAGCAGGCCUGUGUGGGAUGGGGAAUACACAGUGUGGGGAGGCGGGGGGUGGCUGGCAGAUUACGGGCACGGGGCAGGAUCCCAGCCGCACUGCAUGGGUUGGAGGUGAAUGCGGAUGAAAGGAGGCUACGGUGACAGGGAGGAGGGCCACAGCAGGUCCAUGGGGCACAGAGGGGAAUGCAGACCCAGGCGGGGGGCUAUGAGGUUACAGCAGGGGUCGGCAACCUUUCAGAAGUGCUGUGCCGAGUCUUCAUUUAUUCACUCUGAUUGAAGGUUUCGCGUGCCGGUCAUACAUGUUAACGUUUU